AUGGCAGCAGCAGACGCAAGGCUUGACGGUAAGACCGUGACUGUCACAGGUGGAGCCAAUGGCAUAGGCGCAGAAAUCGUUCGGAUCUACCACGCUCUCGGUGCCAGUGUGGUCAUUGCAGAUCUCUCAUCAUCAGAAGCCUCUGCACACUCCCUCGUGGACAGCCUCAGCAAUCCAAGCAAGGCCUUAUUCAUCCCUGUCAAUAUAACUGUCUGGACAGAAAUGUCAGCUUUAUUCCAGAAGACCAAAUCGCACUUCGGGCAGAUCGAUCUCGUCGUGGCCAACGCCGGUAUAAUGGAGACGCGUAGCUUCUUCGACUUCGAGACAGACGGAGGCGGGGGCCUGGUGGAGGACAAGGGUAUAUAUCGAGUCAUCGAUGUCAAUCUGAAAGGCACCAUGAACACCCUCCGUUUGGCAAUGUUUCACAUGAAGUCCAAUCCUGUCGAUCAGGACGGUUUCAGAGGCUCGAUAGUCCUUACAUCCUCGACCUCAGGCUUCUUCAGCGGUACCGCCGUUGUCUCAUACGUUGCAUCAAAGCAUGGUGUCGUCGGCUUGCUCCGGUCCUCGCAAACCGUAGCGAAGGAGUACGGUGUCCGAGUUAAUAGUGUGGCCCCUUUUAUAACGCCGACUUUUAUCACAGAGGGGUACUCCACCCUGUACAAGGAGCGAGGAUUACCUGUGAACAGGCCUGAAGAUGUUGCUUCCGCGAUCAUCAGGACAUCGGUCGAUGUGCAAAGUCAAGGCAGAUGUUUUCUGAUUUAUGGCGGCAACACCAAGGAAAUCGAGGAGCCGAGAACAGCUGCAGUGGCGUCAUACAUGGGCGAGGACGUCAAGAAGGUGAUGGAUGAGGCCAAGAAGUUCUUCGAUGGGCUUGGAGGGUAUCCGCUUCCACGUCUUAGGAUCUAG